AUCCCACCUCGUGAACACCCCCGCCAGGGCGGCUGCUAGUCUCACCCCACCAGGGCGGCUGCUAGUCUCGAGCCUCGCCUCCUCCUCCCACCAACCGCAGCUGCGAGACACAGAGAGAGAGAGAGAAUGGCCGCGGCGCCGUCGUCCCUCGCGUCCUCCCACCUCUCCCGCCUCGCCGACCCCCGCCGGGCGGCGGCGGCGGCCGCCCCCGCCGCCCCGCAGCAGCUCCGCAUCGGCAGCUCCCGCCGCCGCGCGCAGCGCGUCGUCGCCAUGGCUGGAUCCGGCAAGUUCUUCGUCGGGGGCAACUGGAAGUGCAAUGGAACAAAGGACUCCAUUAGCAAGCUUGUCUCUGAAUUGAAUGCUGCUACACUUGAAGCUGAUGUAGAUGUUGUGGUGGCACCCCCGUUCAUUUAUAUUGACCAGGUCAAGAAUUCACUAACUGGCCGCAUUGAGGUAUCUGCUCAGAAUGUAUGGAUUGGGAAAGGAGGAGCCUACACUGGAGAGAUCAGUGCAGAACAAUUGGUAGACAUCGGCUGUCAAUGGGUUAUUCUUGGGCACUCUGAGCGUAGACAUAUUAUUGGCGAAGAUGAUGAGUUUAUCGGGAAGAAGGCUGCAUAUGCAUUGAGCCAAAAUAUUAAGGUUAUUGCCUGCAUUGGAGAGCUGUUGGAAGAGAGAGAAGCGGGGAAAACUUUUGAUGUAUGUUUUGAGCAGAUGAAGGCUUUUGCAGAUAGUAUCUCAAACUGGGCCGAUGUUGUAAUUGCAUAUGAGCCCGUUUGGGCUAUUGGAACCGGAAAAGUUGCUACUCCUGAGCAAGCCCAGGAAGUUCAUGCUGCUGUACGCGAUUGGUUGAAGACCAACGUAUCACCGGAUGUUGCCUCUAGCGUUCGAAUAAUUUAUGGAGGUUCUGUAAAUGCAGGCAAUUGUGCAGAGCUUGCAAAGAAAGAAGAUAUUGAUGGUUUUCUUGUUGGUGGUGCCUCUCUGAAGGGCCCUGAUUUCGCCACCAUUGUCAACUCAGUGACUGCCAAGAAAGUUGCAGCCUGAUGCGCCCUGUUAGAAAUAAGUGAUCACACGAGAGGCAGCUAAGCCUGCGGGAGGUGCUCCGUGUGAUGGUGCGCAGCCACCUCCUCCUGGUUUUGCUGAUUUGUAGCACGAAGACAGAAAUAAUGCAAGAUGCCACCAUUUUUUGUUCCCGUAGACCUUCUGUAUGUGACUGGAGUUCAGUUAUACGUGAGCGAGUGAUCAGGAACAUACUACGUGAAAUAAUAAUAUUUACUUCACUGGUGUCGUU